AUGUAUCAAGGAUUUAAGCAGCAUUUUAUAAAUCUCUUAUCGUCACUUUCACGUGGGACCGUGAACGAAAAAUUAAAAUGGGUGUUUGGAUUGUAUGAUAUCAAUGGUGAUGGAUAUAUCACGAAGCAAGAAAUGUUAAAUAUUGUUAGUGCUAUAUACGACAUGUUAGGACAUUAUACAGAUCCAGCUGUUGACGAAUAUUCUGCUAUGGAACAUGUUGAAAAGGUCUUCAAUCAAAUUGAUUCGAAUAAAGACGGAGUUAUCACAUUUGACGAAUUUAUGGCUUGGUGCCAAAAGGAUGAAGCACGAUCAAGGAGUUUGUUGAUGUUGGAUACAAUAUUGUGAUUUCAACGAAGAUGAGGAGGAGUAGGAAGAAGAAGCGUGACGCCAUAUGUAUAUAAUCGAUUUGCAGAAGCAUUCUCUGCCGACUUCGCACAAAUAAAUGAUUCUUCAAUCCAAAAAAACAAAAAAAAAAAACUUUAAAAAAAAGA